AUGGGAGUUGUUAUAUGGUUUGAGUGGCAGUGUGCAGAUUGUUGUGAGAAGAUCUCAACAGAUUCUGAGCCAGAGUGCAUGGACACGGAGGCUCCUCGAAAGCUGAGAACCCAAAUCAAGUGUCCUUCAAAGUAUGGCACACCCACUGAUGGGGAUCAUGACCAACCAGAGUCUGAAAUCAAGCCUAGGAAGAAACAUGCAGCUGACAUCAAACGUUUGACAUCAAAGAAGGCCAAGAGAACAAAGAAGUCUGACCUCAUAUCUAAAAUGAGGCUUCUCUCAGAGUCAGAUCUAUCAGGGGAGAACACAAAUCCUGGGACUGGGGACCAUUCUACUCCUCGUAUGCAAAGAACUCCUAAGGAGAGUGAUGUCCGCACAAAGUGUGACACUUGCAAAGAUCUUGGGGAUAAUUCCAAUCUGGUAUUGGCAUUGGCUUGGAGUUAA